CCCCCUCCCAGCAGUCGGCGCUGACCAUGGAAUCGGCGGAGAGCACGGCCGCCGCCGCCGCGCGGGCGUCCAACGGCGCUGCCCGAGCUGUCGUCGAGGACGACGACGAGGACGACGACGUCCCCGAGGUGGCCGCCUGCAUAUCGACGAUGCUCGACCGCGGGGGUAGCGUGGAGAGCCACCGCCUCUUCCUGGCGCGCCGCACCGCGCUGGAGAUGCUCCGCGACCGCGGGUACGCCGUUCCGGAGGAAGAGCUCGCCCGCACCCUCCCGGAGUUCCGCGCCUGGUGGGAAUACAGGCCGGAGCUCGAACGCCUCGCCUUCUCCACUACCCUCACCUCCGACCCGUCCAGCAAGGUGAAAGUUGUGUUCUGUCCACCUGGACCUGUCAAAAUCGCAGCUAUCCGGCUGAUAUAUACCGAAGUCAAAGAUGAGAACUUGUCCAGACUGAUUCUGAUACUGCAGGGCAAAAUAAUGUCUACAACCAGAGAAUCCAUCAAGGAGAUCUUUCGAUUUAAAGUUGACACAUUCCAGAUCACGGAAUUACUGGUGAACAUCACUAAGCAUGUCCUCAAGCCCAAGCAUGAAGUGUUGACUGCAGAGGGGAAAGCUAAGCUCCUGAAGGAGUACAAUGUGGUGGAUUCACAGUUGCCUCGCAUGCUGGAGAAUGAUGCUGUUGCUCGCUAUUAUGGGCUAGGCAAGGGAACUGUUGUUAAGGUUAUAUACGACAGCGAGCUUACCGGGAACCACGUGACGUACCGAUGCAUUACCUGAGGGGCCCAUGUGUUUCGGUGGAUGAAGUCUCGUAAGCAGUCUGUAAAAAAUUACCUCUAAGAGGGGCAGGUGACACUGUUCUGCUAGGCUUUUGUAAGCACCCAAUUGUGCAGGAUGAAGCUUGCUGUAAGCUAUUGGUAAAAUCAUCUUGCGCCAUUGCCGUACCUUAAGUGCUUGGUGUUAAUCUUGGAAACAGUGAGACAACUAAUCCUGUAGUGAGUUAUCUCGAUCACUUUCAGAUGUCUCUGAUGGCCUUCGAGGCUGUUACCUUAGCUGUCCUCUUGCAGGCUACAGCUGAAGUGUGUUGCAAAAUCACUUGAUUCGAACCAAGCUGUAUCCAGUUAUGGAUUCUGUUAGGUUUUGCAAAUCAGUGACAAACAUCUGUCACAAACAAUAGUCCAGAGGCUAAGUAAGGUGUCCUAUAAUAUGCAGCUAACUGUGCCUUGGUCUGUUUUUCUGGGGCAGAAUUUCUUCGUUGCCCUCUGCCUUCCACUUUCGUCUGCUGCUGCUCUUGCUCGUGGGGUUACUGCAAUACUUGCUGUUGCUGUCACUCUGCUGGUGAUGUACUGCUGUUCCUGGUGGAGUGGUGGGAGUGCUCCCUGCAUCUGCUUUUCAGUAUGUGAGGCUUGAGCUUGCUCAUGUCUGAUAGCCGGCACUGGUUUUAUGAAGAACUCGUCAGCUACUUUCUCCAGACAUCUGAUCUAGGAGAUGAUCCAGUCUGAAACAAAAGUAUCUUUUGAUUUUAUUUGACUUCGUCAAUAAACCGGGACAAAGCCUGUUUCAUUUCAUGGAUACGGCAAUAUGAAUGGAAUUUAAUAUC